AUGGCAUUGGCAGAGGCUGCAGGUGAACAACGUCAGAGGAAACUUACACGUGUACUUCUCAUGUGCUUUUCUGCACCUUUAUGCAGAAAAGAUCAACAACUGCAAUUGGUACAUGACGAGGAUGUCACUGUGAAGAGAAGAAGAAGCAGAACUUCCACUGCUGUGGAUGAAAAGCCUCUUCGAAAAAUCGCUGAUGCAUUCGAAGAACUUGCAAACGUUGUCAGUUCCGAGAGCUCAGUCGUCGAGGUUGCUGCUUUCUCACGUGCAUGCUUUUUCGUGGCUCCUCUUUUUGGUUGCAUCGGUUUCCACUUCAAGUUCAUAGAGAUGGAUUACGUUACUAAGGUUAAUGAUAUAGCAGAGGCAUCAAAGUCGUUCCGGACCUUACAAUCUAUGGUUGAUAAGGAUGUACAAACUAAUUCUGUGAGAAAACAAGGGAGCCAUUCGAGAAAUCUUUUGAAAAUAAAACGUGGACUUGACUUUCUAAGGCUGCUCUUUGAGCAAAUUCUACUCACUGAGGGAAAUUCCAUUAGAGAUGCAGUUUCCAAGGCUUACACACAAAUAUUCAAUUCAUAUCACGGUUGGGCUCUCAGGAAGGCCGUUUCUGCUAGGUUACAUUACCUCCCUACUAAGCAGCAGUUGUAUAAGAAACUCAAUGAAGAUGAGUCUGCAGCAAGGGUCCUAAUGCAGACUUAUGUUUCGGCAUCAGCACCUCUACUUCUAUACAUUGACAAAAUCUUUCUUCAAAGAGAAUUGGGCAUAGAUUGGUGAACCUUCUAUUUAAAUUGUAC